AAAAACGUUUAUUUGGUCAUUAAUCAUUACAUAUUUAUUUUUUAUAAGCAAUAUAAUAUCACAAUAACUGUAAUCUGUAUGAUAUGUCUAAUCAAGUAACAAAAUUAAAUGAUUCAAAUGUGUGUGGAAUCGAGCAACAAUCUGAAACAGGCGACGAACUUGCAGAGUUCAAUAAAACCCUGUCAAUGAUGAGCUACGAAGUGCUGCCGUUGUUUGAACGUCAGUACAAUGCCUUCGUGCGUACGCGACAGUACUCGAUGAGGACCAAUGAGAAGCUGCGUAAUCGGUGGCAUGACCGGCUGCUUGGUAUAUCGGAGAGGGGAAUGAGGACGUUGCCUAAUGUCAUCAGCGACUAUCACUUCUACAACUGCUGUACCAAGCUACUGGCGUCGCAGUCGCCAGCCAACUUCCCGACGUUCCGUCGUCACCUAGUGCCAGGGCCCGGCGUUGACAAGUACGGUCAGAAACCUAUACCUGCAGAUAUCAUGCUGAGGAAAUCCGACCACAAACGUAGUCCAGCUGGCAAAAACAAAGCCAAGACACGGGCGAAAGUGCCAGUAGUGUAGUGUGAACUAUUCUAGCCGUGGGCGAAGUCGCAUCUGCGAGGCCCUUUAAUGUGUAUUCCAAAGGUAUAUAAUAAAUAAGGUUGGGUCCCGCGGGGCCCCCUUAAGUGUGAGGGGCCGCUUCGCCCCAGGGGCCGGACGUCGGACAACCCUUUCCUCGAUAACAGCCUUUCCAUGGGCGAUCCCUUUAAGACGGCUAACCCAGCAAAAGACCCAGUUCGAACUGCUAGCCCAUUCAUUUGACUAUUCCUGACCAAAAACCUUACCUACCAAACAAUAAAGCUAGCCUUAAGGGCUAGCUACCGUAACAAUGAGGGCUAACGCGUAUGAAUUCGCCGCUAGGGGCGCUAGUGUAGAUGGUGGUCUUUUCCAUAGUUCGAAAUGUCAAAUGUCACUUCAAUGACUGACAGCUGUUCUUUAGUCUUUUGGACCACCAUCAACAGAGGCGCCGGACUUCCGGUUCGAGCGCCAUCUUGAUAGUUAGCAUCGUGAUUAAUUACUUUGUUUUUUGCUCAUUAAUAUUGUUUAAAGUGUAAUAUCGAUAGCUUAUUAUACAAUAAACUAAUGUGGUAGUGUGCAGUGAAUGGAGAAUUAAUUUUGAAGCGCGUUUAACCACCAUCUUGGAGUCAACGGCCGGUAGUCCACGUGCUUCUUGUAAAGUCUAGCUAUCGAUUUACAAGAGCUAACAAAUCACCGUACACUGUCUUGUACAACCGUACAAAUUUUUGUCGUUUGUAAACCUCUUAAUACCUUGACACUGGCGAAAUAGUCCUACUGGGCUGAAGCCAUAAUUUUAAAAGAAGAAGAAGAACAGAGGCGCCAACUGGUGAGCAAAAAAACGAUAGCUCAUUUAGCGCUUUUUAUAAAACUUUCCCUAAGUGGCCAGUAUUGAUUGACGUUUAUACAUAUGACACUGACUAUUCCGAGUACGUCAUUGUCGUCAUUAUAUACCGGGUGUUUCCUGUAACAGAAGCAUUAAAUUAAGCUGUAGGCUGUUGCUGUACAUCUCAAACUGACCAACGUUUAUUCAGCAAGUUUAAAAAAUUACUAGUGUUUUGAUUUUCAUUACACUAAAGUUUAUUAUAAGGCGCAUGUAUUGCAAAAUUUGUUAUGUUUAAAGGGAUACAACCAACGUCAAACACACGGAUGGCAGCGAACAUUGAAAACAAUAUUUAAUUAGUAGGAAAAAGAUAUAAUCUAAAAAUUUCAUAAUUUUAAAUAGUUGCCGAACAAAUGUUGGUCAACUUGGUCAGUUUGAGGCGUACAGCCUCCAGUUUAAUUUAUUGCUCCCGUUACAGGAAACACCGUGGUCACCGUGUAUAUAGUAGACGAUCGUACGCUAUCGGAUGCGAAGUAAUGUGUGCUUUAUGAACAAGGUAAAUGGUUUAAAUUAUUACCCUUAUAUAAGGCUAACCAUUAUAAGCAAUAUGCUUAAUCAUAUGGGUUAGCGCUUAGAUGAGGGCUUUAAAAGCAAAAUGAAAGGGUUUUGUCGGGCAAAGGGUAUGGUGGUCAGAUAUUAUAUAGGUAGAUAUGUAUGUAUUAUCUUUGUAGCUGUAUUUUUAAUUGUAAUGUAAUAGUUCUCUAUGUUGUCCCUAUGUACCCAGGCCAAAAGUAUGGAAACAAGCUUGCAUUUCAAUAGAAAAGUGUGAUCUUUUAAGCGAUGGAUUUUAUACUACUCAUUGACAAUUUGGUAAAAAUAAUAAUAGAACAUUUAAAAAGUAAAUUACUCUGGCUGUGAUAGUUGCCAAUUCAACAUUUUGUCAUGUAAUUAAAGGGUAGGUAUAAUUAUAUAACUUUUUCCUACUUGUUUUUUUUAGCUUUUUGACAAUAUUUUAGGAUGUUUUGAUAUUAAGCGUGUAUUUUUAAUCCUUUGGGUUUGCCUAAUGUAAGUCUUAGUUCACAAAUAUAUACAACAAAGAUAGAAACAUGAGAUAUUAUAGAAAACAACGUUGUUUCCAUACUUUUGGCCUGGGGUGUACCUUGAAAUAAAAAUUCAUCGAUAUACACAAAUCGUUAUUU